UAAAAAAUAUAAGUAUAGAAAAUAUACGUUUUAUAAUAACAAAAUAUUUCCAAAAAUAUAUAAAUCUAAAUAAAGUCUUCAGUGAAGUGAAAUCUGUCUAGUGCUAUAAUGAUCCUGUCCUUGCUCAAGGAUUAUCCACUCAAACUAUAAAUGGGAUUAUACCUGAAGACCUUUGGGAAUACCUAAGCGAGCAUGGAACUGCAUUGGCAGCUGCCGGCUAUCAUCGUGUGCCUACAGAUCCUGCUAGCUGAUGCCUUUCUCCCGCCAGAAGAGCGCAAGUGCAAGUAUGCAAGGAUUGAGAGGCUGCUGCGAAUACGAUGCUAUAAUCUGGACCUCAAGGAGGUGCCCCAGAAUCUCAAGACCUCGGUGGAGGUUCUGGAUCUAUCCUACAAUCGCAUCAAGAAGCUGAAAAGUGACUCGUUUCAAAAGUACACAGACAUCAAGUUUCUGAUGCUCUAUGAGAACAUGAUUUUAUCGGUGGAACCGGGAACUUUUGAGCCGCUCACCUCGCUCCAGGAAAUAGAUCUGUCGAAUAAUGGACUGACUACCAUACCCCUAGAGCUCUUCCAGCUGCCAAGACUGAGAAAUCUCUAUAUUGACAGCAACGAGCUGAAGUCCCUGGAUCUGAAUGCCCUAGAGAAACCCAUUAGGGCGCCACUGGAGUACCUCAAUAUAGCCAAAUGUGAGCUCAAGGAGUUGCCCGAUUUGGGCAUAAUGCCAAAACUCUGGCAACUAAAUGCCUCAAUGAACCCCUUGCAGGACUUCAAGAUCGAUAGCCUGGCCAACCUGUGCCACCUCCGGACCAUCGAUUUGACCAAGACACAGCUCAGUCAGUGCGGAUGCCAGCAGGUCACACAACAUCUCACCAUGCUCGGCGCCAGCCCGCAGUACGUGCCCGUUUGUAUGGAGCCGCUCGACAUCCGUGAAUGUCCACUGCCCUACAAUCGGACGAUCCACUCGGCGACGUUCGCCAGUUGCCAGACAAGCGUCGAGUUGGCCGAAACGCGAAGUUUCUGGCUCUUCGCCGCCGGCUGCUUUGGCGGUGUUUUCGUUGUGCUCUUAGUUCUGCUCUUUUGCGUGAUAAGAUGUCGCCGGAAACGUGCCCAGAGACGCCUCAGAAAUGCCCAACAACGCAAGCCGUUUGUGAUCUCGCCCAGAAAUGCCAUUAACAAUCGAAAGCCAGAGGAUGAGCCUCUGCACUGUGAUACUGCCCACGCAUAGCAUUGUAGUUAUCUUAGUUACCUAAGUUUAGUUAGUUUUAGUGGCCAGCUAUUUAUUAUACACUAUUUAAUGCCUUAGUACAACCGUCUGCCUAGAGAAUUGCCAUGAAUAUUUUACCAAAAAGCACCACAAACUAACUAACAAAUCGAAAGAUGCAAUGUCUUGCUCAAAUGCCACCACCGCUUAGGUACUUUUUUAUGUAAAUAAGUAACAUAGAACUCGUAAGUCUGCAACAAUCACGUUAAUUUAUAACGAAUGACAAUAAAAACUGAAGUUUUUAAAGGGA